AUGGCGCUGAUGGGGUUCAACAUCGUUGUUGUCAUCGGCUAUUUGGCGAUGGACCUUAGACAACCCCAGCUUCCCGCCCCCCGACGGCACAUCCACGCCUUCUUCGCCUGGAAAGUUACGCCGGUCCUCCUCCAGCACUGGGCUCGCGUGCUGGACAACGACAUGAGGGUUCACCCAUCCUGCUACUGCAUAGUGUUCCUGCCUGCACGCUCCCCCGGCGGCGCCCAGCUCACGCCCACCUUCAACGAAUUUUGCAAGGGCAUCACACAGCAUUCCGGAUCCACCCGUGCCUUGGAGGAAGGCUACCCUACAGCACAAAUUCAGCAGAAGAAGGAGGAGCUGUACGAUCUCAUCGCCGGCGCCUAUGCCAAUUCCGUGACUUCCCAGGCUGACAGAUAUGUUCUCAAGGUUCUCUCCACACAAAUCAAGCCGAGAUCACGGGACCCUCAGUGGUGUGAGAUAACUACAAUCAAGAAGGCGGGCGAGUGGGCUCUGGGAGGGUUUUUUGUUGUUGCUGGUAUCAUAAUUCUUAGUGGCCUUGCUCAGGGUGUGCGUAAGCGGGUGGAGCUCGAGAUGCCCAAGCCUGUGGAGCCGCGCAGAAUCAAAAAGAAACUGCAGAAGCAAGUCGAUGCUAGGGUUCGGCUCUCCUCACCUGUCCCUCUCUCGCGCACACCUCUCCCUCUCGCUCGAGCCGCCGUCGCCUGCCAUCCUCCCCGUCUGCCGCCGCCGCCCCCAUCCUUCCCGUCCGCCGCGCCGCCACCAUCCUCCACGUCCGCCACCGCCAUCCUCCCCGUCCGCCACCGCCGCCCCCAUCCUCCCUGUCCGCCGCCGCCAUGCCAUCGCCGCCACCUACCGGACGGCGCUGUGAAGGAAGCGACCAGAGAGGGAGGCGUCGCCGGUGUCGUGGACCCAUGCCGGCGCAACGACGUGUGCGCGUGCCUCCGCGGGUUCGCGCAGCGGUCGCCGGAGGCGUCGCGGGUCAACUGCGUCGGGGAGGAUGGGCGCGCGCCACGCCGCUAUUCCCCGACACAACGUCCGCCGUUCUUCCUUGGUCGGGCAGUGGUCAAGUGCUUCUUCAAGCUGGGCCGCACGCUGGGAGAGGAGCCCCAGGCCGCAUGCUUCUUCUUGCGCUCCAUCGGGAGAGACCUCGAGGAUGCCAACAUCUGCAAUGGCCUGAAGAACGAGGCAAUUCUUGGAAGCAACACGUACAUGUGGUCUCUCUUUCACUAUGAUUCCAAGAAUCACAACGUCUCCGUGGAGCCGCAGUGGAUAGCAUGGUCUUGUCGCCAUGCUGGGGACGCAGCGGCAGCAUAUAUCCAGUCCAGAUCCGCUGGUUUCAGAUCAACGGAUUACCCCAGUUCAUCUUCCUACUCGCUUCUUUUCUCCUAACACACACAUCCCUGCAAAUUAGACUGUUUUUUUUACAUCUCUUCAUUCCAGUGGUGCAAUUUGCCAUUUAGUACUGAUUAGUUUACACUGAUUUA